AUGGCACCGUUGGAUGAAAUUCAGGUCGGCGACGUCGUGAACGUCCCGGGUGGGAUGCACGGCACCAUUAAAUUUAUGGGAGUUGUCUCCGGAAAACCGGGCAGGUUUGCGGGCAUUGAGCUUGCUCCGGAGCACGCCAAACGAGGGAAAAACAAUGGCGAUGUGGACGGAAAGAAGUAUUUCGCGACCGCAACAGCAGGAUCAGGCAUUUUCGUGCCCCUCAACAACAAUAAAUACGUCACCAAACGCUCGGCCUCCAAUACUCCCGCAACCCCUUCGCGUCCGAUCAACUUUAGCAAGUCCGUCGGCCCUAGCCCCUCUGUACCUCGCCCGCCUCAAAUGAGACGUCCUUCCCUUCCCAGACCGGAAUCCCCACGAGUAACCACGACACCAAAAUUGAGUCUGUCAGGGCUGCGGACUCCCUCUGGGGCAUCGAAAACAGUAUCGAAACCUGCCGCCAGCUCCAACGGCUAUGCACGAAGCCCCGUCAAAGCUUCCUCUCGCGCAUCCGAUCGUCCACCAUCCCGGUUUAGUGUCGAAGAUGGCCCGUCGUCGGCCAGGACCUCGGAGUUCGGGCGCAACUCUAUGGGUCCGGAGGUGUCGGAUCUGAAGGAGCAGGUCAAGGGCUUGGAGAAGCAGCUCUUAGAUCGCGACAAGCAGCUGGAAGAACAAGCAAAUACACUAGGGGAUUUUCAAAAAAUGCUAGAAGAAUUCGAGGGAUCGGAUGCAUUGUCAAUCCGCUCCCAGCUACGAGAGAAGAACGACCGCAUUGCCCAGUUGACUAUGGAGUUCGAUCUACACCGCGCCGAUUUCAGGAGCACGCUUGAUACAUUGGAAAUAGCAGCUUCGGAAACUGAGCGCGUCUAUGAGCAGCGAGUUGAUGAGCUCAUGCAACAGAACAAGGAAUUGCAGGACCGCGGCGAGGAUGUCGAGGCCGUUGCAAGACAACUCAAGCAGCUGGAAGAGCUUGUCUCCGAGCUUGAGGAAGGCCUAGAGGAUGCACGCCGUGGAGAGGCCGAGGCCAGAGCGGAAGUGGAGUUCCUACGUGGUGAAGUUGAACGAACAAAACUGGAGUUGAAAAAGGAGCGGGAUGGCUCUGGCGGGCCUCGGGAGAAUCAUAUGAGUCCCGACGGACAGUCAAGGGAACUCGAGCAGAAAGACGACGAAAUCCGCGGGUUGAAGGCGAUUAUCCAUUCCCUGAGCAGAGGUGACCCUGACUUGCAUGCACUGCCGCAGAAUGGAUUUGGGGCGGGCUCUCGUGCAGAACACAAUGCGGAUUAUGUGGCUGAUCUAGAGCAGCGGGUUCAAGAAUAUGAGCGUGUCAAUGAGCGCAAAGCAUACCGCAUCGAGGAACUUGAGCGCGAGCUGCAGCAAUCUCAAACGAACGGUGACAGUCGCGCCCGUGGUUCCACUAUUACACAGUCAGGUUCGCAGCACAAGCCAUCCGGCUCAACAGGCAAAAUCGGUAACGGACAUACCGUCAACCAUGCCCAUCGGCUGUCUGAUCGAACUGUUGUUCCGAGUGACUGGCAAGAUGAGCCUCCACAGGAGGGGACUUACUCGUCUUACCCCUCCCACCGCCGUGGUGCCUCAGACACAUCUGCUCGCUUGGAGACAAUGCACGAAUCUGAUGCCCGCUCAGAGGAUGGCGGUUCCUUGUGGUGUGAGAUCUGUGAGACCGGUGGUCACGACAUUCUGAGCUGCACGAAUAUGUUCGGAGCAGAAGCCAAGAAUAAUAAACCCACUGAUGCGGAACAACCUCUACACAAAGAACUUUCUAAUGAUGAGCAACCCGCCGAACCGGCUGCGCCUAAAGAAUCUUCAACAUCAAGCCACAGCCACAACACCACCCCCCAGAAGACCGGCCGUGAUGCUGUCCUUGAGGGUCUCCGCGGAGUGGGACUCACGUCAUCCAUGGCUCCUGUCGCAGGCAAAGCCAGUGGUGUAGUCGACGAGUCCAAGUGGUGCGCGCUCUGCGAGCGGGACGGACAUGAGAGCAUAGAUUGCCCAUUUGACGAUUAA